GACGUGAAACUAUAUAUGCAAAUCUUGUUGCAGAUACGUACUGAAACUCUGGUGCUUGAAGGCGAGGCCAAGGACAUGAUUUGCCAGGCAGUGGAGCAAAUGCACGUUGAUCUUCUCAUUGUUGGUAGCCGUGGCCUUGGCAAGAUCAGAAGGGCGUUUCUUGGGAGCGUUAGCGACUACUGUGCUCAUCACGCCAACUGUCCCAUCCUUAUUGUGAAGCCACCAAAGGAGAUGACUAAUUAAGUAACAAGUUCCACAUGUUUUAGUAUAAUCGAUCAUAUUUUCAUGAGGAGUGUGUGUCAUACGUACGCGUGUGUGUUUGAAAAUGUUUAACUUGGAUGGAUGAUUAGUGACCUAUUAAGAAAAAUGUGUGUUGUGUAUUGCAAAGAGUAAUGUCAAUAUGAAUCGAAUUAAAUAAUGAAGCGAUGGCUUUGUAGUCCUCCUACUAUAUAUUGUAUUUUGCCUUCUAAUCAUAUUGUUGAACGUUUAAGAUUACUACCUA